GCAUCAUCGGUGCGCACAUUUGGCAUCAGUAGGAAUUCACUGUUUAACAAAUCACCAGCCCAAAACAAAAUAACUAAAAUGUUCAAAGCUAAUAUCAUCCUCGCCGCCAUCUGUGUGUUUGCCACCACCAGCGUCAAUGCUGGCCUCAUCGAAACUCACCACGUAGUCCACGAGCCUGUGUUGGCCAAGGUUGGUUCCGUGGUGCACAGCGCUCCUUCGGCCGUCUCCCAUCAGAGCAUCACCCAGGUGCACGGCAAAUCCGUUGUCGAGCCAGUGCUUGCUCAUGCCGUCAAGACCACCAUCCACUCUGCUCCUGUGGUGCAUUCCGUACACUCGGCUCCAGUGUUGCACUCCGUACACUCGGCUCCAGUGUUGCACUCCGUGCACUCGGCUCCUUUAGUGCACUCCGUACACUCUGCUCCUGUGGUGCACUCCGUACACUCAGCUCCUCUAGUGCACUCCGUACAUGCUGCUCCUGUGCUUCAUGCUGCUCCUUUGGCCUAUACUCUGCAUCAUCAUUAGAAAAACGUGUGGUAAAGAAAC